AUGGGUAGAAGAUGCUCACACUGUGGAAACGUAGGACAUAACUCAAGAACAUGUUCUUCCUACAUAACAAGAGUUAGGCUCUUUGGUGUUCAUUUAGACACCACAAGCUCUUCUACACCACAUCCUCCUCCUCCCCCGCCGUCAAAUUUGGCCGCAGCAAUAAAGAAAAGCUUCAGCAUGGAUUGCUUGCCGGCAUGUUCCUCCUCUUCCUCUUCCUUCGCCGGUUAUCUGUCCGAUGGUCUCGGCCACAAAAUACCAGACCGCAAAAAAGGUGUUCCAUGGACGGAGGAAGAGCACCGGAUGUUUCUUAUUGGACUAGAAAAGCUUGGGAAAGGAGAUUGGAGAGGAAUCUCUAGAAACUUCGUCGUCACGAAAUCGCCUACACAAGUGGCAAGUCAUGCUCAAAAGUUCUUCCUCCGACAAGCCACCACUCUCCAUCAUAAGAGACGCCGCACCAGCCUCUUCGAUAUGGUUUCGGCCGGCAACGUUGAAGAAAAUAGUAGAAUUCCUUGUAAUGAUCAUAUUGGGUCGACCACAGAGGUUGUUUGGAAACAAGGAUUAGCCAAUACCCAUCUUAGAUACUCAAAUCUGGAAAUAUCUGGGGCGGUUAACUCCGGUGGACUCGAUCUUGAGCUGAAGCUUGCUUCCCUUCAGUCUUCUUCCGGAUCGAGUAGUAGACCUAUCAGCGUUACGUAA